AUGAAGUCCGCAUUGAUUGCGAUUCUGGCCGGCUUGGCUGCCCACCAAGCCUCAGCCCACGCGACGUUCCAGAUUCUAUACGUCGAUGGCUGCGCCAGGCUGCCCGCGAGCAACUCGCCAGUCACGAACGUCCUCUCCAGCGACAUCGCAUGCAACGCCGGCUCCUCGAGCGCCGCGGCAAAAUGCGCCGUCAAGGCCGGCUCGACCGUCACCGUCGAGAUGCACCAGCAGCCCAACACGAAGGACUGCGCUUCUGAGGCUAUCGGCGGGGCGCACUACGGUCCCGUGCAGGUUUACCUGGCCAAGGUCUCGGACGCCGCGACGGCUGUUGGCUCUUCGGCGGGGUGGUUCAAGAUCUUUGCCGACACCUGGGCGAAGAACCCAUCCGGUAGCUCUGGGGAUGACGACCACUGGGGGACCAAGGACCUUAACACUUGCUGUGGUAGAAUGAACGUCAAGAUUCCAUCUGACAUUGCACCGGGAGACUAUCUUUUGCGCGCCGAGGCCCUCGCACUACACACAGCAGGCUCAUCCGGCGGCGCCCAGUUCUACAUGACGUGCUACCAGAUCACCGUGACCGGCAGCGGCUCGGCCUCCCCCGCCACGAUCAAGCUCCCCGGCGCCUACGCCGCCAGCGACCCGGGCAUCCUGGUCGACAUCCACGCCAAGAUGAGCACGUACGUCCCGCCCGGGCCGACCGUCUACUCGGGCGGCUCGGCCAAGAGCGCCGGCGUGGCGUGCGCCGCCUGCGAGUCGACCUGCGCCGCCACGUCCGGCCCGAGCGGGACCGCGGCGCUGCCGUCGGCGACGGCCGCCCCGACGACGCUGUCCACCUCCUCCAAGACGUCGGCAGCUGCGACCACCACGACGGGUGCUUCCUCCGGGGGCGGUGGGACUAACUGCGCGGCCAAUACUAUUCUCAAUGUCUCUGAUUGA